AUAACAGAUAGCGCACACACAUUUUUAAAUGUUGCUGGGAAAGUUAAGUAACUCGUUGCUGAAUUUUUAUUAUAGAUUUGUACGGUCUAAGUGCUUCGAUGCAAUAAAAUUGUAUAGUUUUUCUCAACAUUGCGAUCGCUUAAAAUUUUUUCCACGUCAUUACAAGAAAGUGUCUUUUUCUAUGGAAUGAAAAAAACUCAAUUUAAUUUACUGUGUAAACUGUGAAACUCUUUUAUUGUCAGGGUAUAGAUUUUUCAAAGAGGGCCAUAAUGUAAUUGACAACACAGGCUCAGUUUCUAAAGCCCCUAGCAAAAAGAAAAAAAAAACAUUUUUAUAGUUUACUCGUUUCCGGAUCGAUCUGUAAUCAUCAACAAAUUAAGUUUCUUUAGAAGUGAAUUAAUCUUAACUUCAACUGUCAUCUGUGGCAGGACUUCAAUCAAGUUUGCAACUGUUGCUUUUAAUUAGCAUUCCAGUUUUGUUGAUUAAGGAAUUAAGUUAAAAAUUUUCAUUCCCAAAGAUAUUGGGUGUAUUAAUCAACCCGUUCAUAUUUUAAUUUAUAUAUUAAUUUUCAGCUUCUUUAUUGUUUUUUUUUAAAAUAUAAACAAGCAUUUGAUAUUGUCACCACAAUCUCACAACAAUAGAUAAAGAGAAAUUCAUUGUAACCAGAUAAAAUAGUAUCAAAGUUAUCUCAACGCUAGAUAUUAUAUCCAGUCACGAAUACGUUGUAAUUCUACGGUAUUCAGUACACGUUCCAGUAACGUAAGAAGAUACGAAAAAAAAAUCUGUACGAAAUAAAGUUUCCUGCAUGGAAUGUGAAGGAAGUUUUAAUGAAGUUACAUUGUUUGAUGUAUGCUUGUUGUAUUGAAUCAUUAAAAAUUUACUGUAUAACGUAGACAAAGAAUGAUUUGGACUCCCUUUUAAACAGAGGUAUUUUACAGAUAUUGUUGCAUCAAUAUGGUGUCCACAGUGGCCGAGUGGAUAAAUCAACUGUACAGUAUGGUAGUUACUCGCGGAUUCGCACCUCAUAAGGGAUUGGCCGCGUGGAGUUUUCCAGGUUUUCUUCGUAUAUGUAACAGCUAAAUAAAGGCAUUUAUUAAUUAAAGUUAAAGAAGAGUAAAUCACCUAGAAUUUGGAAUGAUGCCGUGAAACAGCUUGAAACUUGAGAUACCUGAAGUCUUUUUAAAGAAAAUUCUACUAUAAAAAUGAAAUGGAAGAUAUUUUAAUGGAUGAAGCUUGAGAAAUUGUACUUAUUUGCAUGAAAUAACUGCAGAAUUUAACAGGCCAAUUAUUCUUCUACAUGUUUACUGGGAAAUUUCGACAUCUCUGAAAUUAAAUUUUAUUUAAAACAGAAUUUUCUUAUUAUAAAGUAAAAGUUAUCCUGAAGUUAAUUAGCAGCUAAUGAUACCAACAGCUGACGGGCGAAAUUCUCCGUAAAAGAGAGGGAUUUUUACAUGCAAAUGAAUCAUCCUUUUACCAAUUUUAAUUCAGAUUUACGUGUGCUUCUACUGGUUUUAUAGCUAAGAGAAUGCGUCACAUUGAUAAAAUAUUAAAACCAUGUUUGAGUAAAGUCAGAAAAUUGGGCUGAGUUUGCUGACAUUUUAUUACAGAAACGAAGAAAAUGUUACUCUACAAGUUCCGAAAAGAGCUUAAGAGAUUUCUUAAAGAGUUACGACUGGGAUAAGUAAUUGGAACGAGAUUCAAAGAAAACAUUCUACAAUGCUAAGUAUAGAUUAAAAAAGACUUGUUAUAAUAAUAAUGAGGUCAUCGCCAUUUAUUUAAAAGUACAUCACCUAGCCAUGAGGAUUCAAUCCUUAAAAAAGAAUAAUCUCUUGUUCGUUAGUGAAUGAUUGGAGAUUUACAAGAAUGUUCUUUAAUGAGAGAUUUCAUUUUAAAGCUACUAGAAAAGGUUUGGCCCUAAACAUGUCAAGAAUGAGAAAACUGAAGCGAAAAAAGAAAUAAGUAGAAUCGUUUCUACAAUAAACAGAAAAAUCAGCCAUACAUCAAUUGUAAGAUGGAAAACAUUCUACAAUGCUAAGUAUAGAUUAAAAAAGACUUGUUAUAAUAAUAAUGAGGUCAUCGCCAUUUAUUUAAAAGUACAUCACCUAGCCAUGAGGAUUCAAUCCUUAAAAAAGAAUAAUCUCUUGUUCGUUAGUGAAUGAUUGGAGAUUUACAAGAAUGUUCUUUAAUGAGAGAUUUCAUUUUAAAGCUACUAGAAAAGGUUUGGCCCUAAACAUGUCAAGAAUGAGAAAACUGAAGCGAAAAAAGAAAUAAGUAGAAUCGUUUCUACAAUAAACAGAAAAAUCAGCCAUACAUCAAUUGUAAGAUGAUAUAUCCUAGUUAAACCAAUUAUGAACGUCGCUGGAAAACUCUACCCAAAUGAAACGUGGUCAGGAUGUAUUGGACAGUUAAUAAGAAAUGAAGCAGAUCUCAGUUUUGCACCAUUUUAUUUUACACCCAAACGAUACAAAGUCGUGGAGUUUUCUCCAAGUAUUGUGUUUCACCCCAUUCAAUUCAUCGUAAGAAGAGGAGAGAAAGGAUUCAAUUGGAAUUCCAUUUUUAAACCUUUUACUUUAGAACUCUGGCUGGGAAUGCUUACUUCAAUCAUUAUAUUUGGAUUUACAUUGUAUCAUAUCAUAAAAUUUAGUUAUUAUCUAAAACACAUCGGAAGGGUUUGGACGUUUACAGAAGUUUAUUGGUUUAUAUGUGGUUCGUUUGUUAAUCAAGGUGGAAACUUGGAUUCUGUCAAACGUUUCUCAUCCAGAUUAUCUAUUGGAAUCUGGCUUAUGGUAAUGGUAGCCUUAGCAUCGGGCUAUGCUAGCACUUUAAUAUCUUUCCUCACUUAUCAUUUGUACGAACGUAUACCUACUACAUUUGACGAAUUGGCUACUGAAAUAAAAUCCGGGAAAUAUACAUGCGGUACAGUUAAGAGCGGUUCACGAUAUAUACUGAAUUCGAAAUCUGAAAGCGGAAAAAUAAUUGGAGAAUAUAUACGUUCUACCAAGUUUUUAUUGGAUAAAAAUGAAAUAAACAAGUUACUGCAAAACAAAGGAUUUGCUUUCAUACAAAGUCGUCACUUGUUGAGAAAACUUAUUGACGAGUACAGAAUGGAGAACGUUUUAAUCUCCAAGGAUGUUCUUUUCACAUAUAGUUCUUCGUACGUAAUGAGGAAAGAAUUUCCAUUGAAAGACAAGAUCCAUGAGACUGUAUCUCGAUUGUUUGAAGCUGGUAUCAUCAACGAAGUUGAAAAAUUAACAGAAAAUGAUAACGUAAAAGUUGAUUCCGAAAUCCGACCAUUGAGUAUCGAAGAUUUCUCAAGCGUUUUGAUACUUCUAUUAUUUGGUUACGCAGUAUCCUUUUUGUGUUUUGGCAUCGAAUUAUUAACUCGAAAAAUAUCAGAUAUGGCUCGAAACCGCUCCUCCGAAAUAAUCCCGCUUAAAAGUAUUUAACAGAAUUAUCGUUGUAAAUUAAAACUGUAGUACAAUGGAAGCAUGCCUAAAUCAAUCUGGUAACAGAACCAUUUUCUAUAUAAAAUAAUAAUAUAAACCGGAAACACUGUCUUCGAGAAUAAACCAAUUAAGCAUUACACAUAACCCAUGUAAUAAAAAAUUCGUAGUUGUUAUACUGGCUUUUUACAGAAAAUUUUGCUCUUGUGUUAUUACUGUAUACUGGAUGUUGUAUCAUGGUGUUAUAAUCCCAUGUUGUAAACAUGUUGUUGUACUGGGAUUCUAAGCAGGGAAAAAUUGUGUAAAAACCCAGGUAUACUUUGGUGUAUUCAACACUUCCUUAAAACUUAAAAUAAUGAACCUGGAAUGUAGCUGCAACACCUUUUCAACUGUAUUAUUAUUAUUAUUUUGCAUUAAUAAUAUGAAGCAAUGCUUUUAAAAGCACUGUUUCAUAUUUAAACCUGUCCUAUAGUCCUAUAACUGUUAAUAAUAAUAGUGGAAGACAUUACUGUAGAAGAAUAAUGAAAAAACUUACAACAGUUUUACAAGAAAAUUCAAAUUUGUAAGAAAAUCAAGGAUAAUUUAAUGUUAAAUAACAAUUUUAAAGAUUUUUAUUGGUUUCUGUGCUUUUUAAAGGAACUUUUUUAACAGUGGGCGGCUGUUAAAAAGGAAGGUCUGGCUGUCUAUGUGUUUUUUUUUGUGGUUUUAGGCCCCUUACCGCUCAGAGAGCAUAAAGAGGCCAAGACUGUCUAUGGUUGUUCUGGAACACUAAAGAGAAUAAAGUGGUAAUCGUCUAAAAAUUUUUAGAGCGACUUUGUCUUUCAUUUCUAUAAAAAAUUUUAAAGAAUCAAAUUAUCAUAAAUGUUUUGCUUUAAAAAAUGAGCGAAUACAAAUAUACGUGGUAACUUAACUAUCUUCACGAUGAUAUCGUUAUAACUUAUUUCUUGAAUUAAUAAAUUUGUAGUCUCCUGCUGAAAGAUGUAUUAAAAGUGUAUUUUCAUUAUCCUCAAUUAUGAGUAAUUAUAGCCACAAAAUAUUGUACACUUGUUUGUAACUAUAAAUAUUAACUGUGUAUAUCAUUCGUCAUAUAUAUACCUCGUAAAAUGUGCUAUUAUUAAAUAUAUUUUAUUAGUUAUUAAUAAACUAAGUAAUAAAAUAUAUGCUACUUUAAUUGCUUGUAUCAACUGUUUUCUUAUAUUGACUGUAUUAAAUUCUUAUCAAUACAUGCCUAUUAACUACGCUAAAUUUUCUGCUUAGCGAGCUAAUUAAUAAAUAAGUAUUUUGGAUCUGUUUCUCGAAUUCUAUUAGCUGAACACAGGAAAAAAA